GAUAGAGUGCAGCUUUUUCAUGACAUUGUUGUGUUUUGGAUUUGGGUUGGACGUUUAUUCUGAAUGGUGCUGACUGAGUGACUGUCGACCUGUAAACUCUUCACCUACUUUAGUUAGGUACUUAUAUCAAACAAUGUGAUUACUUUUAAAUGCGUAGUAAGCUCUGUAGUGUUUUAGAAACUAAUAACUGAAUUUCUUCUUGUGCUUGGUUCGGUGGAGAUGCCGUUCAAAUUUUCAUACGAAGAGGAAUUGAUUGUCUUCUGGAAUGCCAUCUGUUCCGGUCACAUCCCAUGGUUCUUUUAAUUGCAAGAGGAGCUGCAACCAUGCUUCGAGAGCCGUCCGCAUUCUACCCUUCGGAGUACGGAUAGUGAGGAGCAAUCCACUUCUGAGAAUUAAUUCAAGCUUUUGUAGUUACAUCUCAAAAUGUGACUGAAUCAAUGUGCAAGAAUAUUGCGUGUCUGAGUAUAAUAUCAUUAACGCAUUGCAAUUAGAAAGAAUCUUGCCCCUGUGUCGUAAGUUUUGCGGGCAUUGAGAAUAAAUGGCAGUAAGCUAAUUGAUUAGUUUUAUCAGUGUUUUCGUUAUGUGUAUGUGAAUUUGAUGUAAGAUGGAAGAUGACGGCGUACCGACUGCAAUAUCUUCGAUAUGUAAAGUGCCUCUCAGCGUGCCUGCCGAGGAGAGUCAUUCAAGCAACUCGAUUGAACUUUCCCCUCACGCCCGUGACGGACUAGCCGUCAUGAGAGGCGUGUCCGCAGCUGCUGCUGCUGUGGCCUCAGCUGAUGGCAGUGCCACUAACUUCUCUCACGAUGAGAGCGGCUACCGCAACCAGACAAAUAUCUUCAUGUCUGUGAUUCGUGCACUGCAAGAAAAGCAGCGCACUGUCGGCUCUUCCGAGAUUAAUUCUCUUUGUUACAGCGCUGUAGCUGCUGCUGCCAGUCAAGCACACCAUCACAAUACGAGUUACGCGCCUUCACUCAAAAGAGGAACCUCAAAUCAGCCUUCAUCGCCUUUUAAUGGAAGUGUUAGUAAUUCACAAUCCCCCAAAAGAGUAAACUUAUCACGAGCUACUCGGGAUGUAACGCCGGACUUGUUACUUCAUUCAUCCAAACGACGAAGAGGCUUUCGCGAUGCUGGCGACAUUGACUUCAUUGACAUGAGUUCCAGUGACGCACCUAGCGGGAAGUCCGCAGGUGCAUACAUAUCGCAGCUGUCUUGCGACAUCGCACGGCGACACGCUGUGUCACCUUCUUCCACAUGUUCCUCGUUCUCCAUGGCUUCCUCGUCGCCGGGCCCCGCGAGCUUCCACUCGGAGGACCUCGCAUCGCGGCUCUCGCGCAGCUAUGAUACCAACGGCGACUCUACUACAGGAUGCAGAGCGGGCGCAUCGCCUGAGGAGGACAUCUUCAACUGGGCCCACCUGCAAAUGGCGGAACAAACCUCACAUUUGGCAGCACCGACUCCAGGGGAGACGCCCUCCACUACACGCAGCAGUACAGCGUUGGAUGAAACUCCUGCUCGCCACCCUUCUCCAAUGCCUCCUUCUCUGCUCCAAUCUAAAGGAUCUCCUCUCUUGAUUCACGAGGCUUUGACUGAGAGAUCUUUGCGUCCUAACUGCGGCCUGACCAAGUGCAAUCUUGCACAAGAUAUAAAAGCUUCUGAUGAUGUCAGAAAGCUUGGAAUUAGCUGUGCGGCUGCAAAUAAAACCUGCGAGACUUUUCCAUUGGAAGGCGGAAAAGAGAGCCCAAAUACCUCCGUCAUUGACGCUGGUGACUCAAAAAUAUUGUCAAAGGAGCCAAAUAGCGUCAGAAUAGAGACAGUAGCCAUACGAGAAUAUCCUGUCAUCAUGGAUACAGAGCUGAUGACGGUAGAGGAACUAUUACAAUUGAUUAGUGUGCCUAAACUCAAUGCCCAUGAAUCCGAUGGUAGUAAACUGAAAGAAUUUCUAGACCAGCACGAAAUAGGGCACUUGAACCAUCUCAUAAAGUGUUUCUCGGACUGCAUUUUUUCUGCGGCCUUACCUGAUAAUCUAGUCGGAAACACGAACUUGGCGCCUCUUGAUAUCAUGGACUUAUACUGUUGCUCAGUCUUGCGGCUUUAUCAUCUUUCAUUCAAGAACUUGGACUUCAUUAACCUGCUGCCUGGGGAUCAAAUAUCGCUACUUGAAAAUUUUGCUUUGAAGGGCAUAUUGUCCGUUGCAUUCUUUUGUUUCAAGGAGGAGAGCAAUUCCUGGGCUUUCCCCACCGGUCUCUACCAAAAUAAAGUGAUGGAUGUCAAAGUCUCAGAAUUGAAUCAAAUAUUACCGUUCAAUUAUCUACAGAACAUCCUGACAUUGUGCCACCUUGGAGCUAAGCUUUGUAUAGACUGGCCAAUUGGAAUGCUGCUCAUUGGCGCUUUCUUCUAUUGUCCUGUUGGCGUCGAAGUGCAGGACAUCGAAAAAAUUGACAAACUCCGCGAUCGCUACAUGGAGAUUCUGUUCAAGUAUCUGAAAUGGAAACACGGCCCUUCUAAUGCAUCUCUUUAUUUUCCUGAAAUUCUGAAGUUGAUGGAUGCAGUCCUGAAAAACUGUUCAGAAAUGGAGGAAAUCACGCUUUCGUUGAAUAACGACGAAAUCCGAGCGUUGGAGGAGCGCAUCGAAACUUUGAACACGAAUUAUGUGGACAGUGGUCACAAAGAUCGGUCAACCAGCUUCACGACCGUGAAAUUUGUUGAUGGAGUUACUCUAAAGAAAAUUAACGCUAGUAUUUUGUCAUCGAUACGGCAAACAAUUCGCCAGUCGCUUGCUCAAAACGUUGGGUUAGAUUUACGUCAAUCGGCAGCCGUCCCAACUGCGUCAAUGUAUUACUCCAACUUGCCUUUAGAAUCAGAAGAAGCUAAAUCUCGUAGAGAAGUUGAAGCCCUUCUGAUGAAAAGGUUAUUACUGAAAAAUCACUCAAUAAAUAGCACUGCUAACUGCAUCAGUCAAUCGCCCGUACGUGAGAGGAGCAAGGCUGAAGGCAUAAACGUUGAGCCUCAAACUCUCAACCCGCUAGCUAUUCAACGGCUUCUUCUCAACCUUGCCAGAGCAGACAAGACUGUUCAUAGAUCAAAUUCUGAUUUAUCUUCUUCAAAUAACAGUUGCCAAGACCGAAUGACUUCACCAUCAACGAUGGAUAGUUUGUCACCCUCGCCGUAUUUGAACAACCAUUUAUAUCGAAACAAUGCAUUAUCGACGGGUAUCUCUGGUACUCGCCAAAUUCCGUCAAUGAGCAGGUCUGAUCGUUUCAGCAGCCAUGUCGUGAAUCUUUCAGAAGUUACCAUCACUAAAAAUUCGGUUGCGUCGAGAGCAAGUUUUCUUCCUGCUGAUGAAAACUUCCCAUCUGCCAUCGAUUUAUCGAAAAGGCAACGCAAGAGCUCCCCCGAAUCAGUUAUUUCCGUCCGGCCAAAAGCGCCGUGUAUUCCUGGACUGAAGCCCCUUUCUGAAUUGAUCGAGUCGCCCAAAAGCCCACCCGUAGUCGUUCCUUCUCUAUCAUCCGAGACUACAACUCUCUGCAAUCCUCCCAUAAAUUUUGAACUCGAAGAAAGAACGCGGUUGAUGGCAAGUGCUCUAUUUAAUGAAGUGAAGAAGAUAAAAGCUAGUUCUUUAGAGAGCGAACAUUUGCAGCGUGAAACGGGUGUGGUCAACGACGCCAGUGCCUCGAUUCUUACGCCUUCACAAAUAGAAAUCCUUCUUGAAACUCUAGGCAGGUCCAGACUACGAUACAGAGACAACGAUCCUUGACAGUUUAGCGUGAAUUCUCGUCUAUUUUUACCGAUAUGAAAGUUACCAUUUUUAUUCGAUAAUGCCUGUAAAUGGUGUAGCACCAAUUUUGUACAGAACGUUGUUAGGGUUGAUUGAUAUGACCGUGUAUUUAUUUAUAUUAAUACCUUACCUGCGAUUGCAACUCAAGGGAAUAGUUACCGUUAUUUUGUGGCUAGCCGUAGUCUUUCUCUGGAUGUGGUGAUAUGGUCCAUUCUAUUAUACGGAUCAUGUGCUGUUAUUUUACUUUAUUUGGCAUUUGGAAAUGUUAAUCUAUUCGGUAAUUUUGUAGGCCUUUGAAUGCUCUUCGACGAUUCGUAUUAAACUGAGUACAUUUUGAAGUAUUAUUUCCAGUGAGAUUAUGAGUUUUCAUCAGUCGAACAAGCUGGAGGAUAUUUGCGUGCCUUUAGAAUUCGAGAUUAUUUUCUGUCGUUAUUUGCUCAUUCUAAGCUGUAAUGAUGUGAGUUUUGCUUGCAUGCUGCCUAUAGGGCGAAUAUCCGAGUUUAAUAGGGCUAACGCUCAAACUAUUUUGUAAUGUCUUGCCGACUCUCGUGAUAUUGACGAAUUGAAAGCACAACGUUAUGGUGCCGCUUCUAGUGGCAUGGGGCCGUAUUAUUGAAACUCGCUUAAAUAUACGUAGCGUUCUAUUUCUCGUCUGUGAUUGGUGGGUUUAGCUCGCAAAGCCGUCAGUGAUUGGAUGAUGUAGUUACAAACCUGACUACUUUAGAUAGUAGAGUACCUGACUUGUAGGCUGGUGGCAAGUCUUAUGACUAAUUCAGUCUUCCUCAAGUCCUCAUGAAGCCUGGUGCCUUCACCCGUACAAAGUGUCGCUUUAAAUUUUAUUUAUAAGUUAACGCCACACUUUUCUCUUGCUCAUCAUGAAUCAUCCAUAAAAUGUUACCCCAAAAUUAGUAAUUUUACGUCGCUGCGGCCAAUUAGUUAUUGUAUUCUUGAUUCGAAGAUUUGAUGAGAAGGAUCCUUGCUUGCACAAUUGUUCUAUUUCCAGCAUUUAGUACGUAUAUAUGAAAAAAAAAUACAUUCGCUUCAUUAUUUGUGACACAGGAAUGGCUUUGAAGUGAUAUUUAAUUCGUUAAUCACUGUAAAAAAUAAGUCCUGAAUUGGUCAGUAAAAUGCAAAAAUUUACAAAGUCGCACAAUGUUUAACGAUGAAAUAGCGUUUGCUUGGGCUAUGAAAUUCAUACCACAGUGACGUAUAGUGGUGAACAUAGUAUUUGUGUGACACGCGGGCUGCUUCCCAUUGUGAGGUAGUAAAAUGCAUGGUAGCUGUUGUUUUAUUCAUAAGUUCAAAGUAUUAGUCAACCAUAAUCAAAACUAACUGUUCUUGCCAUGGAUUAAGUGUAUAUUACAGAAACAUUUAUAAUUUUGUCGUUAGCUGUCAACUGAGGUUUUUGCAUAUUAUAAAGUGACUGUAUGGAGAAAUUUCUGUUUUUUUGAGGAAGUUAUGCUCUGCAAUGUGACCUUGAAUGGCAACGUUCUUUGCAUUUUUUGCUUAUCCACUAAUGAUUAUUCAGUUAUUAAUUACUGGAUCAACUGAUUAUUAGCUCUUACUUGUUGCGUAACCGCGUCAAAAGUCACUGGAAAAAUGAUGCAGUAAUUGAAUAACGUUAGUACAGAGAGGAUUAUUCGCCUGAGCCUGAAACUGCAACUCUGGUAAUUGUCAGAAUAUUGUAACUAAUUUAUUGAAGAAAGCUUGAUGUGUGUGACUUUCAAUUAGCUAUCGCAGAUCCGUGUUAGAAGCAUGAAUUAUUGCUUACGUUCGUACCCAGUCGGCUUGGAUCAUUCGACAAGCCACGAGUUGUUGUGCCGGUAUUAUUAUUCGCAAGAAAUUAUUUUCAGGAAGAUCCAUAUGUUUAUAAUACUUGAUUCGCAUGAUUUAUCUUGUCAUGAAUGGUUCGCUUCAUUUCUUCGUCGUCAAAAAGAACAGUAAUUGUGUAUGCUAAUACUACUAAUAUUUAGCCUUAUUUAAAUUCGCUUGCCAUUUAUUGAAUUGUAAAUGUUCUCUAUUUGAUGCAUUAUAUUGAUGCAUUUAACUAAUAUAUAUAAUUUAAAUUCUAUUCUGCGUUAAUUACAGGAUGAGUUUUAGAUGAAAUAUUAGCGCAAUAUCGUCCAGGUGAAAAUGUUCAUUUUUUCAAUUUUCUGUUUGUAUUGCCGCCGAUUUCAACGAUCAUUGGCAAGUCCAGCGACGGGUGGAAGAAUAUGCGAGUUACCAAGCACGCAGAUCGCGCAAGUUUGUGUACGAAGAGCCCCUCGUUUCGUUCACAUUUUAGAAUACGAAUCAAAUAAGACGCACUUUAGUCGAAUUUGAACUCAGAAUUAUAAGCCCUAAGUUGUUGGGUCGGUCACAUUUCUUGUGCGUAGUUAGAAUGUAGUGGGUGGCAGCUAUUAGGUUUAUAUGAAGGACGGGAAGUUAUCCUAAACUGGUGGUCGUCUCGGCUAUUAAGGAACGAGUUCUCGGGUCAUAGGUUGGUAAAAUCAGAUAUUUUUGCCGUUUGUUGGCAAACUUUAUUUUGUUGUGUUUGUGCCCGAAUGAUUACUAUUAAGUUCGCUUUCGUUUAAAAACUAAGUUAUUGAAUUUAUUUUAGUUGUACCGCUAAAAUCACCAUUGAUGUCGUUCAUGAGACCAUAAUACACGUAUCCGUGCGUUUGAUUAAUAAGUUACAAAGUUUUGUUUUCUGCAUCACGGAAAGAAUAUUCACGAAGAUACCAGUAAUUUGAUCAUUAUAAUUUUUUUCAUAAUAAAACUGAAUAAGAAUGAAAGAAAGACUAUUGUGAAAUUGUGCACAAUUCCUGCGAUAUGUACAAAAACACUCUACCCUAAGUACUGGCCAACUUAUCAAGCGAGCUAUGAGCUCGAAAAAGAGACUCUACCUUAAUCGGUGCUAUCAUAUUGAUAUUAUAGAAGAAUCCUACUGUGUUACACAUCUGUUACCAUUCGUAUCAGUUAAAUCUCGUUGUAUUUAUGUUCUAGAGAUUACAUUGAGGCCUAUAUACAUAGGCCUCAAUGGCAACAGACAUCGUCGUACGGUUUUCGGGCGGUCGGGAUGCCGUCCAUGAUUCUGUUACAAAUAAUAGUUAUAAUACUCUUUUCGGCUUGACACAGAUGCAUGGAACGCACCGAUGUGCCGGAAAACUAAUUUUUAUGCGUAGACGAGCAAUGGUUAGCCGCAGACGAAAUGAGUAAUUUUCUCUCAUAUUCAGGUAGCUUCACUUCUCUCAUCCACGUGUCAUUAGGUUCUGUAUAUUUCGCUUCUGAAUCCUGCAGACGCCAUCGUUUGCGUACUGAACAAUUACUCCCAGACUGCUCAGUGAUGAUGUGUGAUUUAAUUUCAGUUCUAUCUUAAUUUUUGGUACUUCCAACUAUAUUAAUUUCUCAGUGUUCAAAUUUAUUUUUUUUUAUAGGAAUUAUUAGAAUCGAGAAUAUUGGAAAGGAAUUGCACUGCCAAAAAUUUCUGUUGAAAAUGAUGAUGUGCUUUUUAGAUCGAAAAUUUUUUCUUCCUUUUCAUCAGUUAAUGCUCAAUAAACUGCUAUAUUGGAAAUAAAACUAAUCCGUCUGAUUAAAUGAGGUUGAUGAUCAUGAAGUUGGUGUUCAAAAUAAGCCGUUUACGUUAUUCUAGAGCGGGAAAACAAGUCAUUUAUCACUAAUCUUAGUUCUCAACCAAAUUCACGUUUUUUUCGGUUCUGUGUUGAAAAGAUGAAAUUGUAGAAUUUUUAUUGUUCGUGCCAAAUGCAAUUAAUCCCGAAAAAUUCCUUAUGUCACUUGCAACGAAACAGGCUGCACCAAUUUUCCUAUCGCUAUUAUACAUAAAUAUUUCAAUACCGUUGUUUUGGGGGGGGGGGGGGUUGGUGAUCCUGUUUCAGUUUUUACUACCAAAUUAUAAUCAGAGCCUCCCAUUUCCAUGCCACUUGAAACUAUCCCCGAGAAUGUCAAGUCAUUUAACAGAUGUUGAAUAAUGUCGCGAAAUGAAAUGGUGAUCAGUGGUUAAGUUAAGCGGAUUGCAUGUUGCACUUAAAAGCGGUUGUCUUUCAUAUCGCAGUUAUUUACAUUAUUAUAGUUGUUUUGUUCAUUGCAAAAGAUAAUGAUUUCAUUGCCCCUAAUGGUACAUUGCCGUUUUUAUAGUUCAUCGACUCUCAACAAAGGCAGCUCAUUCAAAAUUAUUAAUAAUCAACGUCGUAUCCUUGUUCAGGCUUGUAGCCAAGGUAUUUGAGCGUUCGCUAGAAGUGACCAUAAUUAUAUUUGCGAGGCUGGACCACUGACUAGUACGUCUUAUAAAAUUAGUUCUAUGAUUCAUCAUUUGCAUCACUUCAAGAUGAGUGUUUAGAUUGAGACGUGCGUUUAGAUUCCAGCAGCUUCCUGAAACACCAAAAUGCCAAACGCUUUUAAUGCGUGAUCAACUUUUUUAUGAACCAUUGCUCAAUGUUUGUAUUACUUUAGCAAUGUGAAACGAAUAAAUAUAUAUUGUUA